AUGAAUACCGUGUCCAGAGAUGUAUUGCUCAAUACCGUUACUAACGCUUUGAACGAGUCAGUCGUCUCCGCUACAGAACAGUCUACAUUACGAGAGAGCGAUACUUCUAUCUCCUACACACAAUCUACAAGUGCUGCUUCACUGAGCCACGAAGACUACAUCGAGUUUGUGAUCGCUCAGAAGAUAGACCUCAUUUACCUGCCCAUAGUGACAACACUUGGAAUCAUCGGCAAUGUUACCUCAACGUUUGUUCUUCUAUGUUCCUCCUUCAGAGAGAGCACCACGUGCAUAUAUCUCUCUACCAUUGAAAUCCUAGACACAUUCGUACUUAUGUUUUGCAUUGUAUUUUUUAUCAAUGAUUACACCGAUGAACAAGUAAUUAACAAACAUAGCUGUGCAGUCAUAUAUUUCUUGUUCUAUUUCGUCAUCCACUUUGAUGUGCUGGUGCUGCUGGCGAUGACGGUGGAGCGGUACAUCGUGGUGCGGUUUCCGCUUCACGUGCAUCGAGUCAUUGGCUGGAAACAGACGGUCGUCGUCAUCGCGUUAGUUGGCGUCUUAUCAUUUGGAAUCAACUUGCACUCCGUGUUUAUCAGGUCCAUGGUACCAAACACACAAACAGGUAAAAGCCGGUGCUGGACGGAGGGAGAUUUGAACGUGUUCUUCCUGUCUCGGGUCUACCCGUGGAUCGACUCCACCAUCUACUGCUUCCUGCCCGUCACCAUCCUGUUCAUACUCAACGUGCUCAUCAUCCGCCGCACCACGCGAGCCUACAAGCGUCGCCAGUCGUUGACCGGACCCAGCUCGUCUGCCAGGCAGAGGCAGGUGUCCACCAUGUUGAUUCUCGUGACGUCAGCGUUCCUCGUGCUCACAGCCCCGAUCGCCGUCCAGCUAAUCGUGCAGCGCUACGCGCUCAUUCCGCGAACGGCGCACGAGAAGGCGAUCAAUCUUCUCGUUCACGCCGUCACAGACAACCUGAUGUACACGAACCACGCCUGUAACUUCAUAUUUUACUGCAUCAGCGGGCAGCGCUUCAGAAACGAGCUGAGGAGAGUCAUGUGCGGAAUUGCCUUCAGAAGACAGCCUUCUCGUGUGCUUUCCUCCUCUCGCCACGCGCACCCCAUGUCGCAGACCACCUCGCUACAAGACGUCUCAACUAUCGAAGUCGCCAUGAGAACUGAUUUCUAG